AUGCCAUGCACUAUGCGCUACAACACAGCACUCAAAGUUGCUGGGUCUCGAAACCAUCAUUUUUCAUUUUCCCCGCGACUAGCUAGCUACUACCCAAGUAUUAUCCAUACUAACCACAAAUUUAAGAAGAAUGCCUUACCGCCAUACGGUACGGGGAAGGAUCAUUUCUACUCCCUGUUCUUCCGUAACAAGCGGGCUUUACAAGCAUCCAUCCUUUUUGGAAAAGUUUUUGAUUGGUUUGCUCGUUUGGACUGGUGGGGUCCCGUUGGAAACGUUGGUUUCUAUGGAUAUCUACAGUUCGGACUUCAGAACCGUCAUACUUCAUUUUAA